UUGGUUUUCGCACUUAUCGAUAGAGUAUUAUUAUAUCUGUCAUUUCCGUAAGAAUUCUUUGCCUUUGCACAAUUAUGUCGUUCUUCUUUGAUUUUGCCUUAAACGUAUUCUUUUUUCUAUUACAAUUAAUUGAUUGAUUUUUAAACUAUUGCUUACCAUAUCGCUGAUCUUUCCUGUUGACACCCUCUACUUCUGCUUCGUCUUUUUCGCUUCUGUUUCUCAUAAAAAGAUAAUGCUCUUGUACUCUUCACUUAUACACCUACUACCGUCCGAUCCACAGCUUUUCGUUAAACUACAAUAUGAACUUGUCAAUGAUUAUUGGCGGAGGAUCGACUUCUACACCGGCAGAAGCCGCCCCACCUAUGCCGGCGGAGUUUCAAUUGGGGUCGAUGGCCGAUAGCGGCACUUUGAUGAUGUCGGUUGAUAAUGAGGAAACGGCUUUAGUCGGGCCUGUUGCAUCAUCAAUGGAGGUGCGUUCCGCCCGCCUUGGAGGAGGUACACCAGCCUCUACGCCAUUGUAUAGUUUCCGACCCCUGCUUCCGGUCAUCAACGAGGAGCAACAUAAUUUGAAUCAAACACUACAGCACCAACAGUUUAUUACUGCGAAACCUAAAAUGCUAGAAAUGACAAUUGGCUCGCUCACAAAUGAAGCAACAUUGGCAGGACCAUCUGCUAUUCAACAACGUGACUGGGGCUUUAUAUUUCGCCCUCGCGAUCAAAUAAUAAACUAUUCGGAAGGUACUUCCAGAAGACCGGUACAUAGGAUACGUCGGCGGCGUCGGCUACGCAUUCCAGCUGCAGAUGCCAAUAGCGUAGAAACGCCACAAGAACGAAUUCAAAGAGAGGAGCAAGUGUUGGCUACCACAAGCAGUCGACAGAUAACCAAAAGUUUUAUGAAUAAUUUACUACAAAAAGUUUCAGAGGCAGUUAGUCCUCCACAACAUAAAACAAAAGCUCUAGAACCAGCGGCUUCAGCUUCAAAAACUCCAACCAAAAGGGACAAAAAUCCGGGAGUGGAUCAGACGGAACAAAAAGAAAUAGAAAAACCAAAAAGAUUAUGUUCCAAAACUCAAACAAAUGAGUCAACCUUUCAAAAGCCACGAUGUCCCUUGGAAGACACUACUAUGGAUAUUGCUACUAAGGAAGUAGUGCAACAUUCCCCAACUGCUGCUGCUUCUGAAAACGUACUGGAGAAACUUACCGAUCCUCCUGGAUUUAAUGACUCAAUAUCCUUUGAAAAAAUACCGGAUUUGGAUACUACUAUCGGUAUAUUGAAUAUAUCAGAAAUAAAUAUGGAACAACCAAAUUUUCCAUCGAUAGAGCACAUGGAAAUUGAAAACUCGACUGCCAAUCUAAGUGAACAUGCCAUCGUGACCGAUGUGCAGAUAUUAUCAGGACCAACGACGGUAGCAACAUCAUCGUUCCAUAUUCCCGACAAUACAUCCAAUCUAACUCGAGAAGUAGUAGAGCUGUCAGAAUUAAGAUCAGGAAUUGUGGUUGCUUCCGAACUUGUAGAGUUGGAGAAGGGCCGAGCGGAUAGUUCACUAUAUCAUCGGGAAUCUGUAGAGGAUUUGGGUUACAUUGUGCAGCAUAUGGAUAUGCUGCGUCUAAAUAUCGAUCGCCAAACGGAGAUAUCUUUGACUAGAGAGUGCCCUAAAUCCCCGUCUAAUUUGUCAAUGCCUGCAGUCAGAGUCUACGAUCCCAAAAUCGUUGUUAACAUGUCCGAUGCAAAGCUUCGUCUUGUCCACAAGUUGCUGGGUGCUCUCGUUAUGCAGCCUCAGGUGGAUAUGCGGAGUGCUGACUUUAUUCAGAAUCGCAUGGAUGCAGCGGUGACCUUUCGGCUAUUGCUUGAUCUAAAGGCGGCCAACAUUAUAAAUCUUAGCAAAGAUGGUUUAAUCUUUUCCUUGAAGUAGGUCAUUUACGGCAAGGUUAUGUUAUUAAAGAACAUUCGUAUUGGUUUCAUAUAAGUAAGAAGGAAGACUUGGUUGUUUUUAAUUUCCAUGAAAUAAUACGAUUUUACUUUACUUUGCUGAGUUUUAGUAUCGCAAAGAAAAAUAUAAUUUGUAAUUUUCUUGUAAUAACUUUUAAUUAUUAGGUUGCGUAUAGUAGCGCAUAAAGUGCAAGGAUUUGAAGUUUAUUUUAUUGACGAACAUACGAUUUAUGUUCUAUAUUUACAUAAUAUAAAAGACAGAACGUUGUUCAUUUUAAUUUCGUAUCAUUUUCAGUUAUGUUUAAUUAUUUAUUAUUUGGCAAUGUACAUUUAAGUUGAUGUUGUUAUAUUCGUAUGUAUUUUGUGUGUACUUCUAUAAUUAUAUUUGAAUAAUAAACGAUGAAUAUUUUAAUAUUAC